AUGCCUAACUCCUCAUUCUCCAUUCCCUUCUACAUUUGUGGUCAAGGAAUUACCUGUAGUAACAUCAAAGGAUGUGGACGUUCGUAUCGGAGUAACCAUGACACCAUAGUGUUGAUGAAUGAUUCUCUCGCAACCAAAGAUGAACUCAUUUCAACCAUACCAAACUCCUCCUUUAUUCGACUCUCCAUUCCUGAAAAUGUUCCCAACUAUUCCAUACCUCUUCAUGCUGCCUAUGGUCCUCCUCCUUCGUAUAUUCGGAAAGUUUCAAGUGGUGCUGAUUAUUGUUUGAUUUUACUGAAUGAUGGAUCGUUAUUUUCAUGUGGCAUGAAUGAGCACAAGCAAUUAGCGAUCACACCAGAACAAUGGAAUGAGAGUAGUAAUGAUCAUUCCGAGACCAAAUCAUCUUCAAAUUUUGACCACGACCACCACUCUUCUCAAAACACUCUCACGGAACGAAAAAUAUUUCAAGUGAAAUUGUUAGAACAUGUCAAAAUCAAGACGAUGGAAUGUGGCUCGCAUUACUCACUCAUUGUUUCUGAAAAUAAUGACUUGUAUGGAUGUGGUGUCAAUGACUAUAAUCAAAUUUCACUUGGUGAAACAUUCUCGAGAUAUCCUCAAUUGGUGGAUUAUGGUCGAGAGGUUGGUGAUGAAAUAACACACGUGGCAUGUUGCUUUUCAUUCUCACUAUUUGUCCUCAAUUCUCGUAAAUUGAGAUUAAUGGGACAAAAUUGGGUCUAUGAACAAGAUAUUCAUCAAAAAUUAUCGAAUGGUCGUCUCUCUCCAAAACAAGAUUUUCACGUGUUUGAUUGUAAUGUCAAGAAGAUUGUUACAGGUGGUUUUCAUUUUGUCGUUCUUCUCCAAAAUGGAACAGUUUAUGGAGGCGGAGACAAUGCAUCUAAUCAAUACGGAAAUUUUGACCAUGAAAACCAGAAUACCAUCUUUUAUAAUAUUACUGAAAAGAACUUUGAAAAUCAACAAAUUAUUGAUGUGAGUUGUGGAGGAGACAAUACUGCAUUUUUGACUGCUGACGGAGAGUUGUACGUGUGUGGAAUUAAUAACCAUCAAUUUACUGCCAAGUACUGCGAGCGUUAUUCGACAAUGACCAAGAUGGACUAUAAAAGACCAUUGGUUCGAAUAUUCGCUGGAGAUAGUUACUCGUGUGCCAUUUUAGAUGAUGGAACUAUGACUUUGAGAGGAAAAAACGAAAAGCAUCAAUUAGGUUCAAUACUAGCUGAUAUGAAUGAAAACACUUUCCAUAUGAAAUGCUUAUUCCCAGAGAUACAUAAUCCAUCAGAUAUAACCGUUUCCAUGGGAUACUACAAUACUGUUGUUUAUUGUAGCAAAAGCUUGUCAAUUACCAAACAUUUUCUAUUUAUUUCAAAACGAAUUAAUUGUGAACACCUCAGUGAUGUUGCAUUUAUUGUAAAUACCACUCAUUUGCAUUAA